GGCGCAACUUGCAAGACGACCACAAGACGACGCCCUGCGCCGUGACAAAACUUUGCAGCUUAUAAGUAGGCGCAUGCCCAAGACCACCACCACCUCAAGCAGCAAAACCCCACACAGCGAGCGAGCGAAGUAGACAGACGCUGGCUGAGAUACACACACACACACACAUCAACUGAAAACGAGGAGUUUUUGUUCAUCAUGGGGGUACAGAGCAGCGAGGGCCAGAUGAUGUUCUCCUCCAUCGCCCUGCUGCAGCAGAGGUUCAGGGAGCUGGAGAGGAUCAGGGAGAAGCGGGAGGAGAGGCUACUCCACGUGCUCGCCCCGCGCCCUGUGGCCACCACCUCCCCGAGGGAGAUGCCCGUGAAGUGGUUCUUCCAUCCGGAGCUGCUCUACCCGUGCAGGCCACUGCGGGACACCGCUGCCGCCUCCUUAUUCCCGGCCUGUGAAUGCAAAAGCUUCCAGCUCCACGGCGAUAACGACCCCAUCACGGUGGAGCUGUGGCCCAGUAAGACUUACAACUACAAACAUGUCUCUGGUGAAGUCGACGUCGACACCUCGCUGCACCUCUAGACUGCUACUGCUACUAAAAAAAUGUUCCAAUGCCCUAUAAACUUCUGUUAACCACUUGGUGUUGCUCUCGCAGUUUUUUUUUUGGUAGCCUACUACUAUGUUCUCUUCUUCUGUUGUAACAAGGGGUAUUAGGAGGGGUGA